CGGCCGCACCUCACAAUGUCGACAUAUAAAUCGAGAAAGAGCUUCCAUCAUUCUCAAAACGACAGAGUGUUUGUCUUUUCUCAAUUCCUUAGUUCGCACGUUCAAACUAUUGAUCUUCGAUCGGAAUCGGAGUAAUCGGCAUUUCAUCGGCGAACGAGAAAAAAAUUAGAAAUUGAAAUAGAAAUAGGGGAACAAGAUGCAGAUCGACGUGAAUGCGAUGGCUCGUAGAGUCGAAGUCGAUAAUCGAAUUCCACUCCGUUAUUAUUAUCGAAUCGCCGAUAAUCUCCUCAAACAGGCGAGCAUUUACCGAGAUGAAAAGAAUGUAGUAGAUUUGUACAUAAUACUACUUAGAUAUUCAAGUUUGGUGUCAGAAACAAUACCAUUCCAUCGAGACUACCCGGUUUUGCUUCUGAAAGAAAAGACAGCGUAUAGGAAGAGACUUUUAGGUGUACUGGAUGAGCUUGAAUCUUUGAAACCGGAGGUUCAACGGAGAGUUGAAGAACUAAAUAAAGAUCAAGCAGGGGCUCAAUUGGUUGAACUUGAUGGCCAUGAAACCACUUCCUAUGGCUUAGUCAAGAUGUCACCUUUGGAUUGGCUUCCUGUAAAUAAAGGAUCUAAUAUGAACUUGGAUAUUAAGCAGCCUGCCAACAUGGCAGUUCUAUCUUCAUGGAAGUAUAGCAAUGAUCGUAAUCAAAUUGACAAGCAGUUCCAGAAGUUGUCUCUUAAUAUACCUCUUCCAAAUAAAGAAACUCUGUCUAGACACUCUUUUCUGGGCCCUAAUGGUCUUCGAGGCCAGUGGCAUGGACCAAGUGCAGAGAUAAAGGUUCAGUAUCCGAGCAAUGUGGACUUGGUACCUGUUGAAAAUUCAGGGUACGACUUCAAUAAGGCUGGACAAUAUGGUCCUUUGGCUGUAAAAGAUGGUGAUCCAGGAGGGGUUGGUUCUGCUAUGGAGUCAGUACUCUCCUUAGAUGAUGGUCGCUGGUUACAUCCUAGUGAAGUGUUAUGUCCCCCUUUGAUUACUGAAGCAAGGGAGGAUCCUUUCCAGUUUGUCGGUGUGAAACAACCUUGUCCUCCUCCUGUUCUUGUUCAAGUCCAGCAGGAUUUUACUCCAAUUUCUCCAUCAAAAGUUGCUGAUCCAAGACCUGGUCCAGCAAAGCCUUCUCAAGAUGGAAUGCCAAACUCUAAUUCGUAUCAACAUUUACAUGUUUCAGUACGUAUGAUGGAGGAUUUCUUACGAUUGGCUCGGGCAAAUACAGAAAAGAAUUUGGAAACAUGCGGUGUUCUAGCUGGAUCAUUGAAAAACAGGGUUUUCCACAUCACCACACUUAUAAUUCCAAAGCAGGAGUCAACUUCAGAUUCGUGUUCAACAUUAAACGAAGAAGAAAUUUUUGAGGUUCAAGAUAAAUUAUCUCUUUUCCCUCUGGGGUGGAUUCAUACACACCCAACUCAGACUUGUUUCAUGUCGUCUGUUGAUCUUCACACUCAUUAUUCAUAUCAGAUUAUGUUACCAGAAGCAAUUGCAAUUGUUAUGGCCCCAACUGAUUCGUCCAGCCCACAUGGUAUCUUUCAUCUGUCUGAUCCUGGCGGUGUGUCCAUUAUUCGUAAUUGUCAGCAACGAGGAUUCCAUCCCCAUGAGGAGCCUUCAGAUGGAACCCCAAUCUAUGAGCAUUGCUCUCAUGUCUUUAUGAACCCCAAAAUAAAGUUUGAUGUUGUUGAUCUCCGGUGAGAUGCGUUGUGUCAACCCACCCUGAUGAUUUAUGGGAAAAAAUUUUCCAUGGAGAA